GCGUUGCCUAAGCGAGUGGCUGGAUAUGCCCAUGCCUGAAAAAUCUCUACAAUUUAUUAAAGAUGUUCUCAUGGAGCUCAAGAGUUUUUAUGAAAAGGAAGAAAGCACAACUGAGACAGUUGCCCUGUCAAUUGCAGCAAAAAUAAAUUUACAGCCAGAGCCUAUAGCCAGGGACUUUCUCCUAAAGUACCAUGGAAUCCUUUUUGAUGUUGCUGUAUUUCAUUCGCACUUAGAUCCAGGUGACCUUGCGGAUAUCACUUGCAUAAUUGUGAAAAGGCUUCCUUCUCAGCUAGCAUCACAAUUUCGAGGCGAGCUUACCUGGGGAGCGCGGGAGGACUGGGAUGAAUAAUAUAAAAGACAGACAACAGCGGAUUCAACACUGGAUAUCUUUCAAUGAACUAUGUGCACACCUUGCUCGAACACAUACAGCACCUGAUAUGGAGAACCUUGGAUCAAUGACUCUCUGUCGGGCAUUUGGGCCCUGCUUAAAACCAGAUUUUCCUGAUAAGCUUGAUUUCAAUAUUCCAGCUACUGCGGCUUGGAUACGCAUUCUUGGAAAGGAAAUCUGUUAUUGGUCUGUAGGAGAGGCUUCUGAUAAUACAGGAGAGUACUUUGAUAGGAUGAAGUGGGAUAAAUGGAAAAGGGGCUUUGAGAGGUGCUGGAAAUCAGAAGAUUUACAUCCAGAUUUAAGAUCAGUGGCAAGGGCAGCAUGGCAAACUAUGUGUG